UUAUACUAAAGUAUAUUUUUCCUACAUCAGCAUGUAUCAUAAUGUCCUCAUAAUGAGGGCACUCCCACAAUUUCCUGCAUGAUAUAUGUCUUUGAUAAUUCUGACCCGAAAUGGAAGAAGAAUGAAGAGCAACUCCUUCACCAACAUGUUGCCAGAAGAUUGUGUUUCUAAAAUUCUCUCUUUGACUUCUCCACUAGAUGCCUGCAGAUCUUCUCUUGUUUCAUCCACCUUCAGAUCAGCCAUGGAGUCUGAUAUUGUUUGGCAAAAGUUCUUGCCUUCUCAUGGUGAUCUUCAAAACAUCAUUUCAAGAUUGGUCACUCCUUUGAGGUUUUCUUCCAACAAAGAGCUUUUUCUUUGUCUCUGUCACCCCGUUCUUUUGGAUUCUGGAAAACUGAGUUUCAAGUUGCAGAAAUCAUGUGGCAGAAAAUCUUAUGUGUUAUCUGCAAGAUCACUUUCAAUCACUUGGAGCAAUAAUCCCAUGUAUUGGUUCUGGGUACCAUCUCCUGAAUCCAGGUUUGCAGAAGUUGCAGUGCUGAGAACAACCGACUGGCUAGAAAUUGAAGGCAAGAUAAAGACUGAAAUUUUGUCACCAAACACAACGUAUGGAGCUUAUCUCAUAAUCAAAAUCAGCAAUCUUGCAUAUGGGUUUGAUUCAGUCGCUGCAGAGGUGUCAGUGGAAGCCGGGGAUGGAGUGUCCAGCGGUGGCAGGGCUUAUCUAGUGCUCGAUCAUCAUGAUCAUGAUCAUGACCAAGAUCACAAGACAAUGCUAAGAUCAACACCGUUGAUUCAAGUUGAUGAGGAUCGAAGAAUCCCAUGUGAAUCAGAAAAUGGAUGGAUGGAGAUUGAGUUGGGAGAGUUCUGUAGUGGUGGUGAUCAUAAAGAGGUUAAAAUGAGUCUGAAAGAGGUUAAAGGUUAUCAACUAAAAGGAGGGCUUAUAGUCGAAGGCAUUGAAGUGAGACCCAAACAAUAAUAAAUCCAAAAGUUGUUCCAAAUAAAUAAAUUCAAUUACAUAUGAGCAAAUUUUAGAUGAUAAUACAAGAAAGUUUGAUUGAA